AUGGGCUUUGAGCGCGCCCAGUUGUUUAUAGCAGUUGACAGCAGCAAACUGUCCGUCGUCCACCGCCACGGCCCGUGCUCGCCUCUCGGCCAGCCCAAGCGCGCGAAUCACCGCCGCAACCUCCGCGAAGACCAUUUCCGCGUCCGGUCCAUCCACCACCGCAUCUCAACCAAUCUAGCCGCCGCCGCCGCCGCCCCAACGCUCCCUUCUCACCUCGGCUUAUCUCUCGGCACCGCCGACUAUAUCGUGACCGUCGGCAUCGGCACUCCUAAAAGAGACCUCUCUCUAGUCUUUGACACCGGCAGCGACCUCACCUGGACCCAAUGCGAGCCAUGCACGACAUCCUGCUACUCCCAGAAAGAACCUAUGUUCGACCCCCAACAAUCCUCUUCCUACUCCAACAUCUCUUGCUCCACCGGCGAAUGCUCGCUGGCCAGCUCCCAAUCCGGGUGUCUAGAUUCUACUUGCAUCUACCUCGUCCAAUACGGCGACGGCUCGUACUCCUCCGGAUUCUUCGCGGAAGAGACCCUCACUCUAACACCGUCCGACGUGGUUACGACCUUCAAGUUCGGAUGUGGGGAGUCGAACAUCGGCUUGUUCGGCGGGGUCGCCGGCCUACUCGGGCUCGGUCGGGGCCAGGUUUCGCUGGUGUCGCAAUCGGCCGACCAGUACGGCGGCGUUUUCUCCUACUGCCUCCCGCCGUUCGCCAGCUCGGCCGGAUACUUAACCUUCGGAGCCAGCUCGGCUUCGCCCAACAUGCAGUUCACUCCCCUGCAGUCGAAUUCCGCCGCGCCGUCUUUCUACUUUGUCGAGAUGGUCGGUAUAAGCGUCGGCGGAAAAGUGCUGCCGAUACAACCCGAAGUGUUUUCGACUGCGGCAACGAUCGUCGACUCCGGAACGGUACUCACUCGGCUCCCGAUGUCGGCCUACACCGCGCUCAGGGACGAAUUCCGGAGCCAUAUGUCGGGCUAUCCAACGGCGCCGCCGCUGUCGAUAUUGGACACGUGUUACGAUUUGACCGGGCAUGACAAUGUGUCGGUGCCCGGGGUGGCCAUGCAGUUCGGCGGCGGCGUGAAUCUAAACGUCGACGCUUCCGGGAUAUUAUACGUCGCCGAUAUCUCGCAGGCGUGCCUCGCAUUUGUCGGGAACGUCAACGAGACUGACGUAUCGAUUGUUGGGAAUAUGCAGCAGAAGACGUACAGCGUCGUGUUCGACGCGCCGAACAACGUGAUCGGAUUCGGCGCCGGCGGUUGCAGUUGAUGUAAAACAGUACUAAAAGUGUCAGUUG